AUGGCAUACAUCUUGAGGACCCUACUAGCUUGUCAGGAGGGUAUGUGCAGACGGAGUGACGGCACCUACCCGUACAACUCGAAACAUACCGCGUACGACGGCUUCAUCGACAUCCUCCUCACCGCAUCCUCGGAGAUAACGCUGACCUCGCUCCGACCUAACCUUACUGCUUGUCGUGGAAGCGGCUCACCGUCGAGGCGAGCUGUUCGAGACCGAGACCAAGAUGCCACGGCAACGGUGGUGGUACAGAGAUUUUCUGAGGAUCUCAUCCUCUGCAUGGCGGGUAUGCCGCUGGAAGGUGGCGCCUCUGAUGCGCGGAGGGCAGAAGAAGAAGAAGAAGAGGACGUUCCCAUGCCGGAUGCCUGGCACUUGAACAAGGACGCUAAGGCGCUCGGCCACCCACAGGUCUUCUCGACGGCCAAGGGGUUUUGGAGACAGGAAGUAGGCAAGGAGACCUACUUUGACAUUCCGCAUCAUCCAUCAUGGUGA